AGAGGGUCCUUCUAACAUCAGUGCCUUUCUGUGGUUAGGGAAGGGCGGCUUUUGUAGAACUUAAUUAGCCUUCGGGAAUUUUUAGUAUUUCUCCCAAUACAAUACAAAUAAGAAACCAUUUUGAAUAUAAUAUAACAAUUGUUGAAUCAUGAUUGGAUCAGAGAACACGUUUUUCUGUUCAUGCUUAUAAACUUUUUUCUUCUAUCUCAAUUGAUAGCUUCUGAAAAGUAUACUAUAUUCCGUUCAUGCUUAUAAUUAAAUAUAAACUAACCAUGUUUUUUUUAAUUUAAAUCACCAACCAUGUUCUAUCACUGGGAAAUUAACAAAAAUAAAAGAAAAGGACAAUACGAGUAUGAGUUGGUAUAUUCAACAAUGGAGCACUAUGGGAGAUUCAGGACCUCUGCUGAAAAUCCCACGCCUAGAUUUUGUUGAAUAAAUAAUUCUUUGAUUUGUUUACUAUUACAAUUAAAAUAACUGCCAAAAAAUAAACAUAUAUAAAUAUAAAGUUGAGUUAUAUUUUUAUGAUGAUUGAAACCGACGUUUUGAUAUUAUAUUUACCUUAAAAGAUAACCAAUUGACAAUUUGAAAACCUCCCUUCUUCAGCUUGGAUACAUGCCGUCCAUAUAUCGAUUGUCUAUUAUAGCGAAUGUUAAAUACUAUCACCCCUCACUUUUUAAUUCACAUUAUGCAUUUUUAUAGUUAUGAAAAUUGAUACACGAACGGUCCAAAUUAAAUCACUGUGCUCAUUGUUCCACCCACAUUACAAUUAUAAAAACGAUCAUCUAUCUCUCCGACAAACUUAAAAACAUAAGCCAAAGUUGGGUAAUCUCUACCUCCCUCUCUCAUAAACACUAGACACUAUAACCUCACACAGAUUUUUUUUUAACAUGAAACUCUCAGUUUAUAUUAUUCUUAGUAUUCUCUUCAUUUCGACGGUAUUUUACAAAAUACAGUUUACCGAGGCGAGACAGUUGCGGAAAACCAACGAUCAAGAUCAUGAUGAUCGUCAUUUCACAGUCGGGUACACUGAUGAUUUUGGGCCUACUUCUCCUGGUAACAGUCCAGGCAUUGGUCAUAAGAUGAAGGAGAAUGAAGAAAAUGUUGAAGGGUAUAAAGAUGACUUCGAACCUACGACGCCAGGACAUAGUCCCGGCGUUGGACAUACUGUCAAGAACAAUGAGCCUAAUUGUUAGAAAAGGUUUCAUAGUUUAGCGUACUUCUUCAUUGCUUUUGCUAAAUUAAUAUGAAAUUUAAAAUUAUUGUGCAAGUGCAGUUUUAAUUUA